UCAACUUGGAAACAAAGACAACAUAAAUACCUGCUAAAGAAACUGGAACUAAGUUGUUCCUGAAGUUUUAGUUGCAGCCAUGGCUUCCCAUGCAGGAGCUUUUGUUUAUUCAAGAAUCCCAACAGGCACAAAGCUCCACUCCAAGACAUACCCAACUCAAUGCUUCUCCAAGAAACUGGAAGUAGCCGAGUUUUCGGGUCUCAAAUCGAGUGGAGGUGUGACAUUUUCCAACAGGGAAGCUUCUUUCUCUGAUGUUGUGGCUGCUCAGCUCACUCCCAAAGCUGCAGUGUCAGCUCCUGUGAGGGGAGAGACUGUUGCCAAGUUGAAGGUUGCGAUCAAUGGUUUUGGACGCAUUGGUAGGAACUUCCUACGCUGCUGGCAUGGCCGCAAGGAUUCACCACUCGAUGUCAUUGUUGUGAAUGACAGUGCAGGUGUCAAAAAUGCAGCUCACUUGCUGAAGUAUGAUUCCAUGUUGGGAACUUUCAAAGCUGAUGUGAAGGUAGUUAACAACGAGACGAUCUCUGUUGAUGGGAAGCUUAUUAAGGUUGUGUCCAGCAGAGACCCUCUCAAGCUUCCCUGGGCUGAAAUGGGGAUUGACAUUGUCAUUGAGGGAACUGGUGUGUUCGUUGAUGGCCCAGGUGCGGGAAAGCACAUCCAAGCGGGAGCCAAGAAGGUUAUUAUCACUGCACCGGCUAAAGGUGCUGAUAUUCCAACUUACGUCGUUGGUGUCAAUGAACAAGAUUAUGACCACGAUGUCGCUGCCAUCAUAAGCAAUGCCUCUUGCACUACUAACUGUUUGGCUCCUUUCGUUAAGGUCAUGGAUGAGGAACUUGGUAUUGUUAAGGGAACAAUGACAACCACUCACUCUUACACUGGAGAUCAGAGGCUUUUAGAUGCUUCUCACAGGGACUUGAGAAGAGCCAGAGCUGCAGCACUGAACAUAGUCCCAACCAGCACGGGUGCAGCCAAGGCGGUGUCUCUGGUGCUACCGAAGCUCAAAGGGAAGCUCAAUGGCAUUGCGCUUCGCGUGCCAACGCCCAACGUCUCAGUUGUUGACCUCGUCGUGAAUGUGGAGAAGAAAGGACUCACGGCUGAAGAUGUCAAUGCAGCCUUCAGAAAGGCAGCCGACGGCCCUCUUAAAGGCAUAUUGGAUGUCUGUGAUGCCCCUCUGGUUUCUGUUGAUUUCAGAUGCACUGAUGUUUCCUCCACCAUUGAUGCCUCUUUAACUAUGGUGAUGGGCGACGACAUGGUCAAAGUCGUCGCCUGGUAUGACAACGAGUGGGGAUACAGCCAACGUGUCGUUGACUUGGCACACCUAGUAGCAAACAAGUGGCCAGGUGUGGCUGCAGCUGGAAGUGGAGACCCCUUGGAGGACUUCUGCAAGACAAACCCUGCUGAUGAGGAAUGCAAAGUCUAUGAAGCUUAAACCAGUCCUUUUUUGGUGCAAAACCAAUGGUUUUAGAAGAGGUUUUCCAUUAUUCAUAAAUGGUCAUUUUUUUUUCCUGUCAAAACUGAGAAGGGGAAUAUAAUUCAAAGACAAUGAUGUUGUACACAGUUGCUAAGUCUUCUGUGGAGUUUACUUUUCCUGCAGAGACAGAUUACCAUUCAGCAUAAAAUCCAUGCACUUCUAUGUACAAAA